AUGAGUGUCAAGAAUAUCGUCAAAGCACUCGAAGCAUUCACCAGGUACCAUCACCACUCCUCACUUGCUUCCCCGUCUUGCAUAUUCUUGUAUUGAUUCAAUGUCUAGCUGUGAUGUCGCCGACGCUCUCACGAAACUCAAAGUGCCCCACGGAGGCUUCCUGCCCGGGCUGACGAUGUGGUCACCCAAGAGGCAAGAAGGAUCUACCAAAAUCAUCGGGCCUGCCUAUACGGUGAAAUACGUGAGGAACCACUAUGAGAGGGAGCCGAAGCAGAGUCGAGGAGGGGGGCAUUAUGUGAGUUUUUGAUUGAUCCCUUUGAAAAGUGGAUGUAAUCAGGAGUGAGCUAAACAAAAGUUGUUUCACCAAAAAUGUAGAUUGAUGGGAUUCCGCAAGGCGCUGUGGUUUUUAUCUCCGCGCCGCCGAAGAUGAUCAACGCGUGUUAUGGGGGGUUGAUGAGCACGAGAGCGCAGUUUUCGGGCGCUGUGGGGACGAUUAUCGAUGGGAGGUUGAGGGAUUUGCAGGAACAUCGGGAUUUGGAGUAUCCGGUGAGUUCGCCCCCUCUAUCGACAAAGCAUCCAUCUCGAGAGAGAGAGAGAGAGAGAUAGAGAGACAGAUAAUAACUGAGAUCGGGUUAGGUCUUCGCCCGCGACGUCGGGACUACAGCUCCGCAAGAAGUCGCCCGGGUGAGCGAAGUCAACGCUCCCGUUCGCUUCAACAGCGAAGAGCAAGACUCGACGAUCAACCCGGGCGACAUUCUGAUUGCGGAUCUGAACGGUGUGGUCUGCUUGCCCCAGGACUUGGCGGAGGAAGUGAUUGAUUUGAUCUCCUCGCAGGUGGAAGCUGAUGAGAAUAUGGCCAGGGAUAUCAAGCAGGGGGUUACGUUUUCGGAGGCGUCGAAGACGCAUCGGGCGAAUGUGAAGCAGCCAAAGUUGGCGUAG